CACGUGCAGGCCAGCAGUGUACGCUCAGUGAUUUGCGACAGGGUGGCCUUCCGCAAAGAAUAGCUAACUAAUACUCAACAGAGGCACAAAUCACACAAGCUGAUCGCCCCAACUGCUGUGCUCUUGUCUUCCUUCACUCUCAUAUUUGGCAGGCGUUUCUGGCUGUGAUGCACCGGCACGGAAAGACGCCGCUCCAUCUGCCAUGUACCCAAGUGACAGCGGACGUAUUUCCCUCCUUUCAAAUUUCUGGUAAACACCCUACCCCUUGUCUCUUUCGUCGUUGGCAGGCGUUUCCAGCGAAACGCUCUGCCGUAGUUGGCUCCAUUUGUGCCAAAGGCAAAGUUCACAAACCGAUUUUUCCACCACCUCAUAGUCUACCGAGCCCGGGAAGCAGCAACGCGGUCCCUUUGUCAAUGUCGUGUCCUGGCAGGCAUCUGCGGCUACGGAGCACCUUUAAAGAGGGUCACUCUCCAAGUGCCACCAAGCAAAGCGGCAAGCAGUUAAUUUCCAUCUUUUGCAAACAAAAAAGUGAAAGCAUUGAGAUGAUACCCUUGUAUUAUAUUUUUCUUGUUUGGCUUGGAGGUUGCCGACAAGUGUACACUCGGAAGAAUCAUGGCCAUCACUCCCAUCACCCGUCUGCUAAAGGCGAAAUUGACAAGCAAUCUUCCCCCUUGAGAGAUUUGCAGAGCCAUGUUGCUCUUUCACCCUUUUUUGCUUUUGGCAGGGACUUUAAAUUUUUGAUGAAUUUGGGAGGGGGGUUAUGAGGGGAGGAGGAAACGAAAACAUGUAUGAUAUCAGGGGCACCACAAAUACGAUCACAGACAGAAUCUGUCCUUCCACUGUUUUGCCACGUACACUCCCG